AAUGGACAAAACCAACCGCCGCAACACUCGUAAUUGAUACCAAUUUUUCAAGCACACGAAAUUAACAGGGAGAAGACCAGACAAAGCAAACUCCAGCCGGUCUGUCCACGUGUCUUUCGGUGACUGGUCCGUGUAAAUUUCACGCAUUUCCAGGUGUGAUAGACAGCGCGUUUAGAAGUUGCUCCUCCCUAUAGAGAUUCCGCGGGAGAGGUUAUUGUUAUUAUUAUGAUUAUUUUCAGCAUCACAGCACAAAAAAGUGAAAAAAGUAAACGACUUUAUGGUUUUCGCCUCUAUAAAUAAAAGCAUACAAUCAACCCCCAGUUUUCAUCAAGCAUUGUUUUCUUCCAAGACUUUUAGACCUCACAUUAAGGAAAAAGAAAAGUUUUGGAGUGUCCGUUUGCAACUUUCUUGGAUUUUAUCAGUCUCUUUGGUGGAAUUGUUUGUUAUAUCAGAACUUUGAAGGCUUUACUCAAAUGGAUUCUUUGAUUCUCUAAGGUCUCUUGAAUUCUAUCUAUUGAUACACACACAAAUGGCCAUAAAGAAGAACGGGUUCAUUCCAAGCUGUGCCCCAGAGGAACUGAAGAAAGUUCUGAAAGCAGUGGCAUCCGAGUGGGGAGAUAUGAUAAAAGAUAUGGAAGAAUUUCACGUGGUUCCGUUGAAAGGAGCUCUGACCAACGAGGUUUUCCAGAUAAACUGGCCGACAAAACAUGGCGAUCUUCAUCAGAAAGUGUUGGUCCGGGUUUAUGGUGAAGGUGUGGAGGUGUUUUUCAAUAGGGACGAUGAGAUUAGGACCUUUGAGUGCAUGUCCAAGCAUGGGCAAGGACCUAGGCUUCUCGGUCGCUUUCCAGAUGGAAGGAUUGAGGAGUUCAUUCAUGCCAGGACACUCUCUGCGGCCGACCUCCGUGACCCUGAAAUAUCUUCCCUUGUAGCAGCCAAAUUAAGAGAGUUCCACAAUCUUGACAUGCCUGGUCCCAAGGAUGUACUUCUCUGGAAGCGAUUGAGGACAUGGCUUAGUCUGUCAAAGAAAUUCUGUUCCCCAGAAGCCGCAAAAGAGUUCGGCUUGGAUAUUCUCGGAGACGAAAUCAGCAUCCUAGAGAAAGAGUUAUCACAGGGCUAUCAAGAAAUCGGGUUUUGUCACAAUGAUUUGCAAUACGGUAACAUAAUGAUGGAUGAAGAAACAAGAGUAAUUACCUUAAUCGACUACGAGUAUGCAAGUUACAACCCUAUUGCUUAUGAUCUUGCAAAUCACUUUUGUGAGAUGGCAGCAAAUUAUCAUUCUGAGACACCCCAUAUUUUGGACUUUAGCAUAUACCCUGAUACAGAUGAGCGACGAAGAUUCAUCCGUGCAUAUGUAGCAUCUUCAGGUAAUGAACCCAGUGAUGCUGAAGUGGAGCAGCUACUUGUUGAUGCAGAGAAAUACACUCUUGCUAAUCAUCUGUUUUGGGGCUUAUGGGGAAUAAUCUCGGGUCAUGUAAACAAGAUAGACUUUAACUAUCUGGAGUAUGCAAGGCAGAGGUUUCAGCAGUACUGGUUUAAGAAAACCCUUGCGCUUGAGUCCCUCACUCUUUAAGGCAGCCUAAGCAUGGAUUGCCGCAGGGUUAACAAGGAACAGCUAUAGGUUUACACAGUAUUACUUAGAAUAAACCUAGCCUGUUGAAGGGGUUGGUGAAAAAGAAUAUGUAAAUAACUGUUGUAAGGUUACUUCUUCCAUGAGUGUAUAAUCACUUUUGAAGUAUUGUCUAUUUAAUGAUUCAAAUUCUUCUAUGUUCUUGUAUUUUUUUUUCUUUUUUUGGUGAAAACUAAAACAAAAUUACAUCAAAUCAAUUAUUAAGAGACACUAGAAA